CUUUAAAAACUACAAGCUUUUCUGAUUUCUCUCACUGUUGUUCCAUCCACCUCUCUAAUGCAGGAAUUAACCAGUAUUUCAUGUUCCCCUCUGUGUAGCCAUUCUGGAGGCACAAAAAUCAGCUAAUGGUGAAUGAUGUAUAUUGAGAUUUGAGACAUGAAUGAGAAUGAAUCUUAUCACAAAGAAAUGGAAGAAAAGGCUCAAUGUGUCCACAGGAACUCAUUCAUUGCCCAGUCAUUGAGGUCCAGAGUCUGCCCACACCAGAUUAAACUUCAAGGCAUUGUUUACCGUUUGAAUCACAGAUAAACCUCUCAGAUACUGUGGGGUGAUAACAGAUUAUCUCAGGUGUGGACAAGGCCAGUGGACAGUGGCCAGCAGAACCACAGGUCAAGAGCAGACCUCAGUAGAAUGGCUAGUUGUGCCCGUGGUGCUGUGAGACCAAGUAUGGGUGUGCGUGUUUGUGUGUGCAGGUGAUAACUGUGCUGUGUGAAUGCUUUAGCAGAAUUACAGCUAGAUAAUGGACUUGCUUUACAUAUAACCUUUGUGUUGUGGGUUAGAUAGGAGUGUGGGAGGGAGGUAAAGCCCAUAGCUGUGGUGCUUGUCCUGUGGUGGUAAGCUAUAAUAGGGACUGACAGGGAGGGUGUAGACAAGGGUGGAAAAGCUGGGGACUGUCUGUGUGGGGUAACAUUGUAUUAGAUCAUUCACCCAUCAGUGCUUUCUCACUUUUGGUGGGUGAAUGGGGCUGCCUGGAACAAAAUAGAUAGAUCAAUCAAUCUCUAAACAUGUACACCCUGCUGGCACUGGUUAGAAGACAAGAAAUAGGAGGAGAGUUACUGAAAAUUAAAGAAGGAAGAGUAAAUAUAUGUGGUGUUAGUAAAAUCUACCACUGAUUUUCUCCUGUUUAUAGCUGUUUUGGUGCAGGAAUAUGAGCUAUUAUUGAAUGCUGGCUAAUCAGUAAUGGAGUGAGCAUACUUAUCAUAGAGGAAUAGAAGGAAAGCUUUGAAAUAUAUGAAGUACGAGGGUUAUUGGGAAUUGUGAGACAGGGAAAGUGAAUAUUUUAGGCGCAGAAGAGGUGAAAAUAGCACGGGAGAAUUGUGAGGUGGUGAAAUGUGACAAGGUUAGUGAAAGCUGUAAGAGAAGUGAGCAAGGUGAGGUGACACUUCCCCAAUGAAUGACUGUCUUGCUGAAUGUGGCUGGGAAGGCUUGAGAAAUGUGUAUGUAUGUAUGUGUUCGUACCAGUGAAAUGAAAAACCUGGACAUCAGAAAAGUACCUGCAAACAUUCUAAAGGCCUAAAUGUGCGGAAGAAAAAUGUGGGUGUAUAUUUUUUCCAUUUUCUGUAGCACUUGCAUGUAAUUAAUGAGGACUAAGGUGCACUGGCAUGAGGGAGGAGAGGUGCACAACUCAAUCAUGAAGGUGUCGGCUCGGUACCCACGCACUCGGGAGAAAAUGUUGAACGGACACACAUCAGCGAUUUACGUUGGAGAAGGCAUAGGGCUGCUGCCUCCAUCCGCCUCGUCCUCAGAGGAGAGCCUGAGCCCGGUGCCUAGCAAAGGUGGGGGGGCGGGAGGAGAAGGAGGAGAGGGGGCAGCGAUGUGGGUGAGUGGGCAGGAGGGCUCCCGGCUGGCAUGGGAGGAGGUGGCCCGGCUGCUGCUAAGCGACCCCACCUCCGGGCUGCUGUCCAGGGAGGUGCUGGCGCGGCGGCAGACAGUCGGCUUCAAUGAGUUUGAGGAGACACAGGAUGACCCGCUGUGGAAGAAGUAUUUGGGCCAGUUCAAGGAGCCUCUGAUUCUGCUGCUGCUGGUGUCGUCUGUGGUGUCACUAUGCAUGGGCCAGUUCGACGACGCAGUGGUCAUCACCCUGGCCAUCGUCAUUGUGGCCACCGUCGCCUUCAUUCAGGAGCUGCGGACAGACCGGGCACUGGAGGAACUCAAGAAACAAGUGCCAGCGACCUGUACGUGUCUGAGAGAUGGCUGUCUGCGGGAGUACCAGGCACGGGAACUGGUGCCGGGUGAUGUGGUGCACCUCAGCAUUGGCGACCGUGUGCCUGCGGAUUUGAGGCUGAUGGAGGCGAUUGAUCUUUCCAUUGAUGAGUCUAGUUUUACCGGGGAGACCGAGCCAGGAGCGAAGGUGAGCAGUAUCCUCAGCAGUGGUGGCUUUGGGGUGUCGGGCAGCCUCAGCAACAUCGCAUAUAUGGGCACCUUUGUGAGGACGGGGCAUGGCCGGGGCAUCGUCAUCAGCACCGGGGAGAAGACGCAGUUUGGGGAGCUGGUGAAGAUGAUGCAGGAGGAAGAGGCGCCACGCACUCCGCUGCAGAAGAACAUGGACAUGCUAGCCAAGAAACUGUCCAUCUUCUCCUUCUGCUUCAUAGGAGUGGUGUUUGCUCUUGGCCUCUACCAGGGCAUCCCCAUACAGAAGAUCUUCAACAUCGCGGUGAGCCUGGCAGUGGCAGCCAUUCCCGAGGGUCUGCCCAUUGUGGUGACCAUGACGCUGUGCCUAGGUAUCCGUCGCAUGGCCCAGCGCUCGGCUCUCGUCAAGGGCUUGCAGACUGUGGAGACGCUGGGCUGUGUCACCACGGUCUGCUCCGAUAAGACUGGCACUCUCACUAAGAACGAGAUGACAGUGACCAACAUUGUGACCUCCGAGGGGGAUGAGUGUUGCCUGACUGGGGUCGGCUACUCUGCUGACGGCCAGGUGGUGUUCGAGGGCGGGUACUCAGAGCUGGCUAACGAGGCGGUCACCAAGCUGCUGGAGACAGGUGCUGUGUGUAAUAAUGCUCAGAUCGUGAGUGGGCAGCUACUGGGACAACCCACCGAUGGGGCCAUUCUUGCUGCUGCCAUCAAGCAUGGGAUCUACAAUGCGGGUGACAAGUACCAGCGAUUGGAGGAGAUUCCCUUCAAGUCGGAAACCAAGACCAUGUCGGUGAAGGUGAAGAAUAAGAAGACGGGUGAGGUGGAGUGGCUGGUGAAGGGCGCGGUGGAGGUGGUGCUGCGUUCCUGCACUCACUACCAGCAGAACAUGAGUGUGCUGCCUCUCUCCCAGGAGCGACACAGACACAUCCUCUCUGUUGCACUGAAACGUUCUCGCCGCGGCCUCAGAGUGCUCGCCAUUGCCCGUGGCCCGAGCCUCAAUGAACUGAGCUACAUGGGGCUGGUGGGCAUCAUGGACCCGCCCAGGGAGGGAGCACGGCCGUCUGUCACCACCCUGCAGUCUACAGGCGUCAAGGUGAAGAUGAUGACAGGUGAUGCGCAGGAGACAGCUUGUGCCAUCUCUCAGGCUGUGGGAUUGCAGCUGGGGCCCACCACGGUGUACUCCGGGGAGCAGCUGGAUGCCAUUGAUGACCGCCUGCUGGUACGCUUUGUUCAGGACGCCACGGUCUUCUACAGGGUCUCCCCACGACACAAACUGCGCAUUGUCAAGGCACUGCAGGAGGCUGGGGAGAUCGUGGGCAUGACUGGUGAUGGCGUGAAUGAUGUUGUGGCACUCAAGCGGGCAAACAUUGGCAUUGCGAUGGGCCGCAUGGGGUCUGCCGUGAGCAAGGAAGCAGCUGACAUGAUUCUCAAUGAUGAUAACUUUACCACUAUCCUGUCAGCAAUAGAGGAAGGCAAGUGUAUUUUCCACAACAUCAGUAACUUUGUGCAGUUCCAAGUCAGCACGAGUCUUGUCGCUCUCAGCCUCAUUGCCCUGUCCACCCUAUUCGGCCUGCCCAGCCCCCUCAAUCCUAUGCAGAUCCUGCUCAUCAAUGUGAUAAUGGACGGGCCGCCAGCUCUCACCCUUGGCAUGGAACCGAUCGACGAGGAUGUGAAGAUGCAGCCGCCGCGAGACACCACCAAGGACCUCAUCACCAAGAAGCUGGUGCGCAACUGUAUCAUCUCUGCUGCCGUCAUCAUCUGUGGCACGCUGUGGGUGUUCAGGUCUGAGAUGAGUGACGGGCGCGUGACGGCUCGUGACACCACCAUGACCUUCGCCUGCUUUGUGAUGUACGACAUGUUCAACGCCAUGUCCUGCCGCUCCGAUAACAAGUCUGUGCUGGAGAUUGGCCUCACCUCAAACUGGUACCUCUUUGUUGCUCUCACCGCCACCGUGGGUUGCCUGCUGGCCGUGGUGUACCUGCCCUUCCUGCAGUGGGUGUUCCAGACUGAGGGCAUCCACCUGUCAGACUGGCUGUACUUGGUCUGCCUCACCUCUACGGUCCUCCUGGUGUCUGAGCUGAGGAAGUUCCUGGACCGCUGGGCCGAGAGAGGCUGGCCGCAGGGAGUGUCAGUGCGAAAUCUGUGGCCGGCCAAGAAAAGCAAGGCCGGCUGGAUGGAUGCUGUGUGAGUGGCUGUGUGUCUGUUUUUUUAUUAGUUUCUGUCGCCGUUACUUACUUAAUUUCCAUCCACAGGAAGAAGAUGAAUCAUUCAGGUGCCGUCUUAACUGAAUACGUGUGUGUACAUAUUUGUUUCCUUCUCUUGGUUAAUUACUCAUUCAGUAGCAGUUUUAGUAUGUGUGUGUGUGUGUGUGUGUGUGUGUGAGAGAGAGAGAGAGAGAGAAAGAAGGGACAAGUAUAACCUUAAAGUGACAUGUUCAAGGAAGGUUUUGUAAAGUUUUAAUGUUUGUAUUUGUAUGUGCUUGUCUCUGUUUUACAUUAAUUUAUUUAAGAACUAUUUAUUUUUUACUUAUUAUCUCAGUUUAUCUCAUUGGUUGGUUUUUAAGAGUGUGGGCGGAGCAGGCAAGGUUGUGUGUGCCCCGCGUCGGUGGUCUUUGUGGAGGUUUUAUACACGAGUGCAAUAUUUUCAUGACGCACCUUCAUAUCAUUUUAGACGUAGGUAUUUUGUAAGGCAGCGGGAAAUCUGCCCUUCGUGUGGCAGGGUGAGAGAGUGUGGGCGAGUCAGCCACACAUCCGCCACUCCCACAUCUGUCACCCCCAACACCCUACCACCUGCACUCCCCUCACCCCCCAAACCUUACCUUAGAUUGCACUUGUCUGUCACUUCACUUAAAUAUGUACUGUCUUUCACCCGACACACACGGCCACAUUCACGCUGAUCUAAAUGAGAUUAAUAACCGUAGUAAUCUUACCUAAUGUAGAUGAAAAGAAGUGAUCACCUAACCACACACCCCACACACUACUGGCUUAUGUCCCAACUCACUCAAUUGUGCUCCAAGUGACUACGAAUUUUAAAAGUCCUACCCUUUCAUACACAGAGAUUUUUAAUAUUAGUGCAGAUGGCAGAGUUGGCAGUCUCUUGCAAUCAUAGGAGGGCAGAAUAUUCAUACUUUCAUGUGUGCGGUUGUCCUUUCUCCUUUUGUCAAGUUGGCUGAAAAUGGGUGCAAACACUUAUCACGUCAUUUCUCAGAUCUACGCCAUUCAAUUAAUUAAAAAAUCCCUGUGUGGUUGUGACUGACGGCUGCUAACAUUCUUGCCUGCACUACACCUUGUGAGUGAAUGAGUGAGUGAGUGAGUGGCUAGGAUCAUUCACAGCUUUGGGCACUGUUGUGAAGUGUCUGUCGCCACUUACAAGCUUGACCAGUAGUUUCUCUUUGUGUACUUGCGUUUGUGUAUGUGUGUGUGUAUGUGCAGCUGAACAAUUUCAUUCAUUGUAUUUUCAGGCAAGCAAAAUUCUACCUUGGUAUUGGUGAUAAUUCUGAACGAUGUGAAAUAACAGUGUGAGUGAUCAAAAUGGGCCAGUUCCUCCCCUCCUGUGUUGACUUGCUGCCUCCCUCGAGCUGUCAGGUGCAGGCAACUAGUGUGACUGCAGGAGAACUUAUUACUACACCCUUUGAGCUCUACCUCCUCAAUCCUUCUCAUUCCUCACCAACACAACUACUGUAAGGGAACAAUAAUACACUUUAUAUCUGGGUGUAGAUGGAGCCUCAUAGAAUUUUGUCUUCUUAUGGCACUGUGAAAGAUGUCUAUCUAUAUUUAUCUAUCUAUCUAUCUAUCUUUUUAUCUUUCCAUCUUUCUAUCUAUCUAUAUUACUAUCUUUAUACUAGGCUGGCAAUCCCACACAAGGCUUCCCAGAUUAGGCACCUCUCACUCACUCUUAUCCCUGUCUCACAUUACACUGAAAAUGUAAACACUACUUUGGAAAUUGGAAUACUCAAGAUUCAGGUAACAUAAGUUUAGGAUAUGAAGCAAAACACACGAAAAGCACAUUGGAAGACUAAUUCAGCACAAAGAUGCAGCUGUAGGUGGCUGAGAGGAAGGGCGAGGGUGGUGGUGAGAGGAGGGAAGUGUGUGGUGCCCGGCUGGGGAGUGCCGAGUUAAGGCAGGAGGGGAAGAUGUAAUGUACUGUUACUCUUUAUUCCUGCACCCAUUACUAAGAAACACUGGGUUAACUUGAUGCAUGCUGAUGACACCAGCAAUGCAUUUAUUUAUGUUACUAUGUCUUACUGUGUCUUACUUCAUCUAUCAUUUUUUAAAUUAACAAGUGUAUUUAAUUUGAAAUAUGAGGUUGUGAAUCAGAGGAAGAUGGGAAUAAAAUGUGCAUGUUAAGAGAAUAUGCAAAAUGUUAUAAAGAAAGUUAACACUAUUAUUCUUCUACAAAAGACGUAAUAUGUCUAAGAUGAGAUUUGAUAUGGUUGUUAAGGAAGCUUUCCACGGAAUGGUUAGAAGUUUGGGGUGUGAGAGUGAAGGAAGGAAGGAAGGGAUGGGAAACUUAGAAUGCCAGUAGCAGAGGAAAGGAAGGUCACAUGUAAGGAUAAAAGUGCUAUUGAGGAAACUAAAACCUGGUAUGGCUUUGAGUGAUGAAAAUGCAAAACUGUGUGUGUGUGUCUGUGUGCGCGCGUGCGCGCACGCGCGAGUACGCCAGUCUACCAGUCACCAGUUUUGAGUUUUCAUGCAUUUCCUGUAUCAGGUUAAAGUUUUCCCAAAGUUGCAUGUGUAAAAGACAGUAGACUGUAGCCAACCCCUUCAAGGAAUGCUGUAGGAGUGGGUGACUGAGUAGCACACUGGAGGAAGAUGAUGAACAGAACAAGAAAAGGAAGUUACUUGGUGCAUAGAUUGUGUUUGCUACAUGGUGGAGAAAGAAAGGUAAAAAGAAGGGAUUGACAUGAUUGUGAUGAAGUGUGAAGGCACAUUUGUGAUUGUGUUCUGUUGAGUUGUGUUGUGUUCAGGUUGUAUUGUGUGCAAGAUGUGUUGUUGAGGAAAGCAUUACGUGCCAUCAUUGUUAUUUUUAUUAUCAUUGUCAUUAUUAUUAUUAUUAUUAUUAUUAUUAUUAUUAUUAUUAUUAUUAUUAUUAUUAUCGUUAUUAUUAUUAUCAUCAUUACUAUCAUUGUCAUUAUUAUUCUGACAUAUUAUUCAACAUACACUGUUUUAUAUAUUCUUGAUGUCAGAGACCAUUUCCUGUAGAUGAAAAAUUUACAUGUAGUACACAUUAUAUAUAGUAAAUGCUAAGAAAACU